AAGACAGACGCGGCUGCGCACCCUGGCACGAGCUCAGACCACAAAGAGGACGAUGAAAAGCCUUCUGUCGCCCCGACUGUGAACCGCCCCACACGCCGAGUCAUCCGCGACGUUGCUCCUCCAGACGACGUGCUCUUGAAGGAACUGGAUCCCAACUACAAUCACGACUCCUUUGAUGCAACGCUGGCCACACUCAACGACUUUCCAGAAGAUCUCACAAGCGGGCUUGAAGCAUUGGAUGCCAUCCGAACACGAAAGUACCAGGAGCUGCAAGCCGUGUCGAAGCAGCUGUCGACCGUUGUCUUGCAGCACCACAAAGAGUUCAUGUUGGAGUUGACGCGGGUGACGGAGCUUGAGCAAGAGCUAGCAAUGACGCUGGUGGUGUGCAAGAACGGGCGGCGUCAGCUGCAGCGCGCCCACAAUGAUGUGCGGUGCGGGCUGCAUAUCCUGCAUAAGCACCGCAAGAAGAAGCGCAUGCUGCACCUCCUCAAGCUGUUGCAGGGCAUCAGCAUCAUGCGAACGGCGAGCACGAAGCUCUCAGAACUGUUGGAGAACCAAGAAUACAUCUCUGCCAUCGAGCUGUGGCAGCAGUGCAAUUCGCUGGUGCAGCUUGGCCACGGGUUCGCGUGCGUGACGGAUUUGGCGGCGAACUUGGGCGACGGCAAGACGCUCAUAUGCACCACACUCGAGGAACGCAUUAACGCCAUUGUCAAGGAGGGCUUCAGCCACGACCAGUACAAGAAGGUGACCGAUGCGUUUAUGGCGCUCGGGCAGCCAAAGUCCGCAGUUGAACACAUGUGCGCGCUGUUCCCGAGAUUUGCGAGCACGCGCAUGCGUGAUGCCGUCAUUCGAUUUGCAUCAGGCUUUGGGUCAUCCGGACAAACGUUCCGCUCGUUCUGCGUGCAGAUUCCAAAGUCCAAAUCCCAGCGGUGUCUGCUGCGCUUAUGCAAAACAGCAUGCCAGCUCAUGGCUGAAUUUGACGAAUUCCACACCUUCCACGCCAAGCUUGUUGACCAAGACGCGAGCCGUGGUGGUGGUGGUGGCGAUGAUGAUGGUAGCGAUGGUGGCCACAACACCACCAAUGAUGACGAUAAUGGUGCUGAUGAUGGUGGUGACAGUGGUGAUGAUGGUACGCAGACCCUCCGCCGAACAACGGCCAGCGCCGUGCCAACAGGCGCAGACGAGUAUUCCGUGCAGGGGUACACGCACAUCAAGCUUGCGCACACAAGGAAGAAGCUGUGGCGGGAAAUCCAACGGCUGUUUGGGAUCUUCCUGUCGUGUGCAGAUCUGUCCACACUCAACAUGAAGCAGUACCUACAGGUGCUCGGACACGUGCGCACGCUCACGGAGGUCGGACGAGACUUUGCACAGGAGGAGGCAACACACCUGGACGGGGCGAUUCGGCAGCAGACGCUACACUAUGCGCUGACACACCACUGCCGGAGCAUCGACAACCUCGUCACCCAGUUCAACGCCGAGGAGUGGCAGGCAGCACACGUCGACAAGGACUACAACUUCUUCUUUGAAAAGGAGUUUGCAUUUCUUCGACGCGGCAGACAACAGCAGCAGGGUUUGCAACGCGGAGAGAGCUUUACAGAAGAAGAGGCAGCCGAACCAAUGACACUCGCACACUUCAGGGCCAACCCAGACCUAUUUGACGCAAAGGCGACGCAUGAUGAUGAUGAUGGUGGUCAUGGUGGCGGUGGCAGUGACGGUGAUGGUGCAGCAGCAGCAAAGGAGCGUGCUGCAGUUGCACAGCGUGCCGGCAACAAGAAGCCGCCGCCGCCGCCGCACUGCUGCCCAACAGUCCUCAAUCUCGUUCGCGCAAUGGGGCAAUAUGUGGAGAUGAUGGAUGUGCUUCCUCCCAUUUCGCACCACGUGUUUCUCUGUCUGCAGGAGCUCCUCGAUGUGUAUGUGCACAUCCUCUUCCACUUUUUCACAAAAGAUGGGGUGCAGUUGUCGCUCAGCAUUCUGUCACCGGCCGCCAGGGCGACGCUUGCACGCGCUGAUGACGUCAUUGCCGCGUUCACGGCGGAGGAGGCAGCUGGCGAUGGUGGUGGUGGCGGCGAGGAGCUGGACCCGCAGGACGGCCGCGCAACAACUGAUGGUGGUGGUGGUGGUGGUGGUGGUGAUGAUGAGGAGGAGGGGGAGGAGGAUGGGCAGGAUGGUGAUGGUGAUGGUGGUGAUGAAGCUAAUAAGCCUGAGGCAGACAGCAACAGCAGCAACACCGCCACCAGCGCAACGACAGCACCGCCAUCACCAUCGACCUCUGUUGCGUCGCUCGUGGCCAAGAUGCGUCGGAAAUCCGGGCCACCAAUUACACAUCCGCAGCUCCUUGAUUCCGUGCCGCUCAACCUCUCCCAAAACGUCUUUGCCCUCGACGCCCGCGUCACCGCAGCGGAAGGGCUCAUGUUCCUGGGGACGGUCUUCCGCUCGCUGCGUCGCACGCUGCUCCGCCGCCUCCCCGACACUGCACACCCGCACCUCGCCGCCUUUUACGCGAACACUGUGGACCAUGUUGUUGAGGUUCGCUGGUUUGUGUACAAGCACGUGUGUCAACGGAUCCUGGAUUACCAGCACGUCGUUGGCCUCUUCUCCCGCGCCAGGUUUGACAAGAAAGAAGUGACGACGGAGCACAGCGCAUACGUGGAUGAGCUCGUGCAGCAUUUUACAGUCAUCCACGGUCGCUUCGCCACGCUCGGAGAAAAACGACUUCCCGAGGGCGCCAGGAAGCUGAUUUGGCAGGAACUGCUCUUGCAGACAAACCUCGCAUUUGUUGACGGGUUUGCGCUUGCGAAGAAAUGCACGAACGAGGGGCGGGCGCUGAUGCAGCUCGACUACAAGCAGUUUCUCAACAGAAUCGAGAAAUUCACGUCCGUCAAGCCGAAUGUGGAGCUGGUGCAAAACUACAUCACCGCGUAUUACCUGGCGGAGGACGACCUCGAGGCGUGGCUGCGGCAACACUUUAUGAUGUACACGCAACGUCAGCUGACGCAGCUUGUGAACGCGACGCUGUCGAACAAGAAGAAGGCGCGCCAGCGCAUGCACAAGGUGUUGGAGGAGCUUGCAGCGUCGCCACCCCCACCACCAGCGGCAGCACAACAACAACAACAACAACAACAACAACAACAACAACAACAACAACAACAACAACAACAACAACAACAACAACAACAACAACAACAACAACAACAAGGAGAGGAUGCUGUGUCAACAACUUCGUCAUCAGCAUAA